UCACCGGGAAACCGGGGGAUCCGCUUCCACCCGAACGCACCUCGGGGCCCAAUGGGCCCAAAGCGCCAUGCCAACUGUGACGGUGGUCAGCGCCACCACUGGCGAUGAGUUGCUCACGAUCGAGAUCGGUGAGGAGUGCCACGUGGGUGAGCUGAAGGCCAUCAUCUUCGCCAAAGACGGCACCUCCCCGGGUCUGCAGAGUCUCCUGCUGGGGGGCCAGAUUUUGAGCGACGACCAGCGGUUCAACGAGCUGGGAGGUGACCAGAUCGAGCUCCAGCUGCUGCGCGGGCGCUGGACCAUCACCGUGCGAGAUGCUCGCAAGGAAUGGAGCGGUGAUUAUUACAAUCCGGAAGAGGCCGAAGUGUGGCAUGUGGAGAGCUACCCAGAUUGCACCGAUGAGAUGUUCCUGGUGCAAGUUGCGGAGAAGAUGGGGCUGCCUCCUGCGACACUCCCCUCUUUGAUUGCCAAUGGCUGGCAGGUGUCAGACGCCGGUUUGUACGACUUGAAAAGCUACGAGCUACAGUCUGGGUCAGAGGUGAAGCUGACGCGUACCUACCCGGUGCCGCUGAUGAGUGUGGAGAGAAGCCCGCCAAAGAGCAGGCGAUCCGAGUUUCUAGAGUCCAACGCAGCCUUGGGCCUGCUGGAUGAGUGCCAGACUGCAACCUUGGUCCACCCGCUCCACCCAGAAGACUUCGACGUCACUGGCGAGGUGAAGGUGAUUCUGACCGCCGCAAUUCGCGGCUGCGGCUGCGCGGCUCAGUUGCCCCAAGUCUUAAGCGACGACGAGUGCGACCAAAUUCAGCGGAGAGCGAAGCAAUUGGCAUUUGUCCCGCAGGAGUUGUCGUGCCGACAGGGCACUCGCCGAUACAACCGUGUGGUCGUGCAAGACGAGAAGCUGUCGCAGUUACUGUGGAGCCGCACUCGGGCCUUCCUUGAGGAGGCGCUGGCUGUAGAGAGCAAGAGGCCACUGGGCUUUGGAUGUGCACAGGGGGAAUGGGAGCUGGCCGGCUUGAACCAUUGUUUCCGCAUCAACUCCUACGGCCCUGAGGGCUUCCUGAAGCCGCACCGAGACGCGCCCUUCAGCCCCAACCACUCGCUGCGCUCCUUCUGCACACUGCUUGUUCCGCUCACCAGCGCUGGGCGCACUCGCUUCUACCAGCCCAAGGUGCCCCUGGACUUCCGUGGGAUGACGCUGGCAGAAGAGCUGAGCGCGCGCGGAGGGCUGAAGGGCUUCCUUCCGACGGAUGCGGUGCUGUCCAAAGGCUGCCCGCUGGUCUUUGGCCAAGCGCUUCUGCAUGAGGGGCUGCCGGACCAGCUUGGGGCGAAGGUGGUGCUUCGCACGGAUGUCAUGGUGAGGAGGGCUUCGUUGCCCCGAGUGCUGCUGACACCGGAGGAACGGAGAGAUCAUAUGCAAGCCUUGCGUUGGUUCCGGGAAGCUCAGCAGAAGGAGCUGCGAGGCGAGCCGAGCAACGACUUCUACGAAAGAGCCUUGUCUUACCGCUACUUCCAUCCCAACGGCCCGCCGCCAGACUCCGAAUCUGAGAUUUGCAGCCGAAAGUGGACUGCUCAAGAGGCCGUGCCUCUGGCGCCCAACCCGCUGCUUGAGCGGCACCUGGGGUUUGCCAUGCCGGAGUUGGUGCACCUCAGAGGCCCCGUCGCUGCAUUCCGCCUGAAGGGAGCAGCCGGAGACGCCAGUGGCGCCACUAGCACCACCAGCACCACUAGCACCAAUAGCACGGGCCAUCUGCGAGUGGCGGCCAUGUAUGCGCUUCAUCUACUCGGGCACAAAGCGUAUGAGGAGUGGGACGGAGGUGAGGGUCUCUAUACUGUGGACUUCGAUCCAUCCACUCAGAAAGUCGCCGCUGUGCCGUUGCCGCAGAUCCUUCAAGACGUCUUCGAGUCCAAACCUUGCUACGGGGCCAUCUACAACGUCGCUUCUCGCACGGGAGAUCCACUGCAGGAUUUUUCCAAGGCGGUGGACAGGUCGCACCUGGUGCUACAGCACGGCGCUUUGCCUUGCGCAUCAUCGGUCGACCUGCUGGCCGCCAUGAAAACCGAAGGGUUUGUGGAUGAGUCUGGUGGGGACUUGCGGGGUGAUGGUACUGUGGACAGCUAUGCGCUGCCUAACUUCAACAGGAAGGUGCGAAAAGCCUACCGCUGUGCAAGGGACUGCGAUACUCCCAGCAGCUCAAGCUCAGACUACUCAGAGGUGGAACCUGACUGGUCGCUGUACUUGUCUGGGCUUCUGUCGGAGAGCACUCCGGGACUGGAUGUUGUGUCAGUCGCCAGGGGCGAGGAGACCUACUUGCCUGAGCAACAUGAGAUUGUUUGCCUAUGUGGAGACUGCUCUGAAGACCCGCCCAACGAGAAAGUGAGCCCAUCAAUGAAACCUUUGAACCAUUUGGUUUUCGACUUCGGCAAGCACGAGCUCCUGGUCGAGGCACAUAGUUCGGUGGAGCCAUCGGAGUCGGGUGGCCUACAUGAUCUUCACCUGCUUUGGGCAGAGCUGCUGAGGCAGCGCGAGCUGCUGAGGCCCCAGACCAUGACGCCCAUGACUCUCACUUUGCCCUUGGAGGAGGGCGACCUUACCCUUUUCAAGGACUCGGCCUGCACAGUCGCAGCGCUGGACUCCAAGGGAGAGCUGCAGACCGUGCCCUUGGAAAGCUUCCAGUCGCCGGGAACUGCCUUGGAGAAGCUGCUGCCGAAUUGGCAGGAAGUAUGCGCAAGCCCAGCCCUGCAAGAGUUCAUAUCCGGGUCUGCUGCAGAGUUCUUCCCGUGGUACACCAUCUCGCUGCACGGUCUGAACGCGUCCUUCCACCACGCGGGGGAGAUGAACGGCUGCCAGCAGUCUGUUGUUCUGGACGUGCAGGUGGAGCACGCCGGGCUGGCGGAGUCGGAGCAUACCACGACUGUCCUGGCGGCGGUGACCUCUGAUGGGGACGACACCCUGAUUUGGACAAUCUAUCAUGGCCUGUCUGCCCUGUGAGUGCCGGCACGUUAUGGCGAAGCUAAGCUUCGGGCGAAUCCCAGGCGCUCCAAACGUCCAGCGGCACCCUUUCAGUUUUUGUUUUUGGAAGUGGUGGCCCAUCAAGCUCA